AUGCAUCUCGCCCCACAUCCUGCGCCACGACGCAGGGUGUCGGGAGCCGUUUUGACUGCCAGGAGCCUGCCCCACGCGCUGCGGUGCGCACGUACGCAUGGAGAUGAAUGCAUCGAGGCGUUGCGUGCCGCAGAGAUCAUUGAUGCACCAUGCAUGCUGGGAAUGGUGGGCGUGGCGACAGAUCGACGCGUACCUACCGUGACGCGCGUCGCCGUUCUCGACGCACUCGCAACAUGCCGCGCCACACCUGAAGCGCAAAUGGUACUGCGCCGAAGCUAUGGCGUUCUUUUCUCCUGUGAUACCCAUGAAUCUAUUCGGCAUGUCUUGUUCCCUCUACUGUGCGUCCUAACAGAGCGUAGGCACGUCCGAGCCUUUCGCAUCCGCGCACUGCUGGCCCUUUACGACGACACCAAGGAUGCGUGCGUGUACGAUUUGCUGGAUACGUAUGCUAUGUACGAGCCAUCUCUUCUCUUGCCGGCGGAUGCACCGCCACGGCCGAUGGCGCCCGUGUCAUGGCACGCAUGGCGGCAAGCCUUGGGGCGUUGGAAUGUGCCUGAAGUCGUCCCUGGGCUGAGCAUGCCGUACGUUGGCUCGCGUGUGCCACGAUGCAUUCGUGCAGCUGCCAUGAUGGGCCACGACGCCGCGCUUGGCAAGUGCCUUGCUGCGUCGUUUGGCCGCUUGUUAGCUGCGCACUAUGCGCAGCACCGCCACCGGAAGCGGUCGGUGGAUGUGCCGCCGUAUGAGCCGCGCGAUCUUUCGCUUCUCGAAGGAUUGUGUGUGUAUGUCGAGCCACUGCCUUGCUUGCCCCUGCCCCUUGUCCCCAUCCUCGCACAUGUGAUUCGGUGCAUGGGCCACGAAGCCCUGCGACACCUCUCGGACCACGUCCCCCUGCAGGAGUGGGAACGGGCGUGGACGCCCACUCUGCAUGCUCUUGCCCGUCUAUUUCGGCGCCUGCCUCCCUUGGCAUGGGACGACGCGUUCCCCAUGCUCAUUCGCCCACUGUGCCACUUGGCCGUGAUGGACGGCGUGUCGGAUGUGGUCUCGGCCAUGUUUAUGCGUGUGUUGGUGCACGCAUUAGAGGGCUGGCGCAACUUGGAUGCGCCAGGUACGCAAGCUCUUCUCGCAUGCUUGGUCGAGCUGCAAGAUGCGCUGCUGCUCGAUGGCGAUCCGUCUAUUGCCAUGUACGUCGAGACCCUGCACCUCCAUGCCGUGGUGCCUCAAGCCGGCACGUUUCCAUGUCCAUUUAUCCAGCUGGCCACACCGACGGCCAUGCAGGGCUCCAUUCUCACGCUAGAUCGGCUGUGUGCGCAUGUUCUGCAGAUGCGACGAAGCGUCCUUGCGUCUGAGCCCCACACGCUGGAUGCACACGUGGUCGAUGCUAUGGCCACAGCGCUCAUUGACAUGGUAUGGAGCGGACGCGCGUUUGGUCAAUUUGUGCAGCGUGGCCUGGUCGUGGACGGCGUCAUGACGUGCGACCGCAGUGCGAUGGCCGUCAUCAAGCAGGCGUGUGAUGAGCUGCGGAUCGUGCCGUUCGUGCUGGUGGCAUCACUUUCGCAUGGCGCAUUACUUGCGCCGCUUUUUGAGCAGUACUGUAACACGGUCCUUCUUCCCGGCCAUGAUAUCAGAGCGCCGAUCACACCGUCGGCGCUGCGUGGCGCACGGGGGGCAGGGGGUCUGCCCGAGCAUGUGCAGUAUGCCGACAUUCGACGCGGCUUUCUCGAAUGGCUCGCUGGCCGCGGUGCUCCGCAUCUUCUCGCGUUGCUCGAGGCAUUUGUCCCGAGCCUAUCACAUCCUAUGCUACAUGGAAACUACGCACGUUGA